AUGGGCGGCCCCUGGCGCCUGCACUACCCCGGCGCCGCGGCGGGCAUGGGCUGGCGCCGGCUGGAGGCCGCGCUGGCCGGGAGCGGGGAGGUGCUGGCGCGCUGGCGGAACGACACGCCCGCCUCGCUGCUGGCCGAGGCACGCGCGCUGGGCGUGCUGGGCGCCGCUCCUGCCCCCGACGCCACCCUGGAGCACCGUGAGCGGCGGCGCCAGGCGGCCGCCGCGCUAGAGGCCUCGCUGCCCCCCCUCGCGGGCUGGGACACAGGGUGGGGCAGCGGCGGCGUGGCGACCGCACGGGUCGGCGGUGAGGCCAGCGAGCUCGAGGAGCCGUGGUGGGGCACGGAGGCGGCGGAGCGGGUGGAUCGGUGCCAGGUGCUGGUGGACGCCCUGUCUGGCGCCCGGCUGGACUGGGCCCGGCAGCAGUCCUUUGCCUCGGCCGAUGGCUGCGUGGUGACCGCGGAGCUGCAGCCUGCGGCGCUAGCCCUGGGGUCUCCCAUGGCCUGGCAGGCCUGCUGGGCGGUGGCCUGCCCCGUCAACGGCCAGGCCUGGAAGUCGCUGGCGCCCAAGCAGCAGCAGUGA